CCUGGCGCGGGCAGUGGCAUCUGGGGCGACGAGAGUGCGGUAACGAGGUGGCGCCGCCCGACCCGACAUUGCAGCGCCAUGGUGCGACCUCUGCUCUUGGUGCUGCUCGCCGCGCUGGCCGGCGCGCAAGAUGACCGGAUCCUGUUCCCGGGGGCGGUGCAGGCGCGCUCGCAGUCGCGCGUGAGCAGCGCCCGGUGCCGGGACGUGACGGGCGCCACGUGCGUGCCGCUGCACCGCUGCCCUCAGAUGAUGCGGCUGCUCACCACGUCCGACCCUAACGACAUACGCACUCUACGUGCCAACACGUGCAGGAUCGACGGAGAACAGCCGUACGUGUGCUGCACCAAGCCGACCGCGGCGGGGGCCGGACGGACCACGGAGACCGCCUCCAGGCCGAGCGACCCGGCCGGCCCGGCGUCCACGCUAACACCGUCGCAGCGGACGGAUCCACCAGCGGCGCGGCCUGCGGCGAGCCCCCGCGAGGAGGUGGCGCAGGCUCCGAGCGACGCGCCUCAGGUGCAGGGCGAGUUACCUCAGGGCUCAAGUGAACUACCUCAGACCACCACCGAUCACGUGCUGCUGGCCAAAUCGCUGAGCCCGCCCGCGUUGUCGCCCGAGAACUCUCCGUUGAAGCCGUCGAUGGUGAAGCCCAUGACCUCGCGCCACGUGCCGGCCGCCGCGGCGCCCGCGGACGAGGGCCUGUCCACGAUCGGGCCGACGGACGAGCCGGCGGAGGACUACUUGGACGAAGCAGACAGCGCCGAGUGCGGCUAUGGUCGCCUAAGCACACGCAUCUUCGGCGGCACGGAGGUGCCGAAAGGCACCUGGCCCUGGAUCGCAGUCCUCGGCUACGGCUUCGACCCGCGGAUGCCGGAUGAGGUAUUCUGGGCGUGCGGCGCCGCACUGAUCGGACCUCGCCACGUGGUGACCGCCGCCCACUGCGUCAUGGAGGAGACGCCGGCCGGCAGGAACAUCGUCAGGGAUCUGAAGAAGGUGCGCCUCGGCGAGCAUGACCUGUUCGACGACUCGGACGGCCCUGUGGUGGACGCCGUGCCCCUGCGCAUUGUCGUGCACGAAAACUACACCGGACGACCCAAGUACAGCAACGACAUAGCGCUCAUCGAGUUGGACCGCACCAUCAACUACACGGAGAACAUAUCGCCAGUGUGCCUGCCGGGCGUGCUGCGGCCGCCGAUGGUGAUCGCGGAGGUCACGGACGAGGCCGGCAACGCCACCGCGGAGCUGGCCAGCGCCAACCUCAUCGUCUCUGGGUGGGGCAGCGAUGGUGUGAAACACGGCACCGACCGGCUGAUGGAGGUCUCCGUCCAGCCCGUGGAGGGCUUUCUCUGCAGGCGCCACUUCGCCAGGUUCGGUAUUCCCGUGGAUGAGCAGCUCCAGCUGUGUGCUGGCGGCAGAGGCGUCGACAGCUGCAGUGGCGACUCAGGCGGGCCUCUGGUGCAGGAGACGGGCGGGGGCCAGUACGAGCUGGUGGGCGUGGUCAGCCUGGGCGGGGUCAUCUGUGGCGGCAAGAUUCCCGGCCUGUACACGCGCGUGCAGGCCUACACCGACUGGAUCAGCCGGACCAUCGCCCAAUGAGCGACCGAGCACCGACUGCCAAGGCCGGAACCGCGCCGGCGCCGAGGCCGUGCCCAGAGCCGCAGCCGCGAGGUCCGGCGCCGGAUCUGAAUGUAGUGCAUGUGGCUGCGGCGCGAAGGCCGCGCGCGUGCAGCAGUCACGCUCAGGACCAACGCCGGAGCGCCCGCGUGGGCGGGCGAGACAUUGCUGACGCACCGGGGCUCGACGGUGACCUGUUGUGAGGGCCCUGUGUGGCGAGGGCGGGUGUCCUGGAGCCGUGGUGAUAAUAUACGCUGACGAUGAAUGCCAUAAACAA